AGUUGGCGAACGAACGAUCGGUCUUGUGACCUGCUGACUGCCUCCGACACUUCGCCAAGCAGCUGCGUCUCGUCGAAUUUCUGCUCUUUCGACGGCCGAAUUCGGGUUUCAUUGAAUUCAGAGAAGGUCCAGAGAACCCAUUUUUCAACAGUUUGAGCUGCGAGAAGUCGUCGCUGAGACGUGAGAAAUGUCUCGAUCUUACGGAAUGCCGGCCAACCAGGCCAACAAGGAACACGCCCUGGCCAUCACCAGGGACUACAUUUCGCAACCAAGGCUGACGUACAAGACCGUGUCCGGUGUGAACGGCCCCCUCGUCAUCCUGGACGACGUCAAAUUCCCCAAAUAUGCUGAAAUCGUCCAGCUGUCCCUUGCGGACGGAACCAAAAGGUCUGGACAGGUGCUGGAAGUCAGCGGCUCCAAGGCCGUCGUUCAGGUGUUCGAGGGAACUUCGGGCAUUGACGCGAAACACACCGACUGCGAGUUCACCGGAGAUAUUUUGAGAACCCCCGUGUCUGAGGAUAUGUUGGGCCGAGUCUUCAACGGCAGCGGCAAGCCCAUCGACAAAGGACCUCCCAUCAUGGCUGAGGACUACCUCGACAUUCAGGGUCAACCCAUCAACCCCUGGUCUCGUAUCUACCCCGAGGAAAUGAUCCAGACCGGAAUUUCGGCCAUUGACGUGAUGAACUCAAUCGCCCGUGGUCAGAAGAUUCCAAUCUUCUCGGCCGCUGGUUUGCCGCACAACGAAAUCGCUGCCCAGAUUUGUCGUCAGGCCGGUCUGGUCAAGCUGCCUGGAAAGUCGGUGAUGGACUCGCACGAGGACAACUUUGCCAUUGUGUUCGCUGCCAUGGGUGUCAACAUGGAGACUGCCCGUUUCUUCAAGCAGGAUUUCGAGGAAAACGGUUCAAUGGAGAACGUGUGCCUGUUCUUGAACCUGGCCAACGACCCGACCAUCGAGCGCAUCAUCACCCCGCGUCUGGCGCUCACGGCCGCCGAGUUCCUGGCCUACCAGUGCGAGAAGCACGUGCUGGUCAUCCUGACCGACAUGAGCUCUUACGCCGAAGCCCUGCGAGAGGUGUCGGCCGCCAGGGAGGAGGUGCCCGGCCGUCGCGGCUUCCCCGGCUACAUGUACACCGAUUUGGCCACCAUCUACGAGCGUGCCGGCCGCGUCGAGGGCCGCAACGGCUCCAUCACGCAGAUCCCCAUCCUGACCAUGCCCAACGACGACAUCACCCAUCCCAUUCCCGACUUGACAGGUUACAUCACCGAGGGGCAGAUCUACGUGGACCGGCAGCUGCACAACCGACAGAUCUACCCGCCCGUCAACGUGCUGCCCUCGUUGUCGCGUCUCAUGAAGUCGGCCAUCGGCGAGGACAUGACCCGCAAGGACCACUCGGACGUGUCCAACCAGCUGUACGCGUGCUACGCCAUCGGCAAGGACGUGCAGGCCAUGAAGGCCGUCGUCGGCGAGGAGGCGCUCACCCCUGACGAUUUGCUCUACCUCGAGUUCUUGGGCAAGUUCGAGAAGAAUUUCAUCACCCAGGGCAACUACGAGAACCGCACCGUCUUCGAGUCGCUCGACAUCGGCUGGCAACUGCUGCGAAUCUUCCCCAAGGAGAUGCUCAAGCGCAUCCCCGCUAACACCCUGGCCGAGUUCUACCCCCGCGACUCGCGCCACAUGCACAGGCAGUAAGAAAGUCAACCCCCGGCCGACGAUGAUUAUCACACACAAAAUAGAAAAGCAACGAGGGGAAAGCGUUUCCGAUCGUCUCGGAAAGGUUUUUCACUCAAUAAAAGUUAGGUAGUUGUUGAAAGAAUAUAUUAAUUAUUGUUGUGAUAAAAUUCCUCCAAGUUUAAAGUUUUGUUUCAGAUUCAUUGUAAAUUCCUGUAUAAUCGUGUACCAUAUUUAACUAUACUCGGGCCUGUGUGUUGUAAAGGUUCUUGGGUUGUGCGAAUUCAUUCCGGUAAAUAUUAAAAUGUAUGAAUGUGUAUACAAUAAACCGAUCAAAAGCGUGAUCAAGAAAUAAUAAUAACGUUUAGCAAUGCAAAGUCUUAUCUUCAUUCCUCACCGACUGAGGUCUCGAUUAGUUUUGGGUGCAAACCGAAGUUCAAUUUAUGUAUUCACGGGAGCUGAGCUUAUAUUUUCUUGUAGAUACAGUUUUAGUUAAAAAAAGUUAUAUUGAGUCGUUAUAGUGCCACAACUAGUUUCCAAAACGCCCAAUUCUCUUUUGAAAGUUAUUAUAUAUUUUUCUGUUCCAAAGUCAUAUCAUUUAGACAAAUGAAAAUUGUUAUCCAGGAUUCUGCUGUUUUAUUUUGGAUUUUGAUGUUGCAUCGUCACUUGUUAAAUUCAGCAGCGGAAUUCGAUUCCAGUAUGAGAUGAAGAGUAUUGUUUUCGCAUUUACCAUGCAAUAAAGAGUCGUAUAUGAACGAA